GUACUACUUCUCGUUUAUUUCUUCACGCCGUCUGCGCAUAAAAACUCUUCUAAAAUGACUCGCUGGAGAGAAUAAAUCGACGCAUGUCCAGUGACAUUGCCAUAUGCCGUUCUACCGGAACGACGGCUUAUAGGAUUCAGCUUUCUGGAAGACAAUGCCUCAGGAAAGUGCAGGCACUGAACUGAAAGAACUGCGUGUUUGGAGCUCAUGAGGAAUAUUUGCGACUGUAAUAAACAGUGAAAUGAUGCUCACAGCCAAUGAGGAAGGACUGUUAUUCUUUAACAUAGAGGAGAUGAGAAAAGUUUUGGAAUUGUAAUUGACAUGAGUCGUUCCUCGGUAUGUAACGCUUCAUGAUCUCUGUGAUAUGGAUAAGUAUGAGAAACUGGCUAAGAUCGGCGAGGGCUCAUACGGAGUGGUGUUCAAAUGCAGACACAGGGACACCGGUCAGAUAGUGGCCAUUAAAAAGUUUGUUGAGUCUGAAGAUGACCCGGUCAUCAAGAAGAUCGCACUGAGAGAAAUCCGCAUGCUGAAGCAGCUGAAGCAUGUGAAUCUGGUGAACUUGCUCGAGGUCUUCAGGAGAAAGAGACGCCUUCAUCUGGUCUUUGAGUUCUGUGAGCAAACUGUUCUAAAUGAACUGGACAAACACCCCAGAGGGGUUCCUGAGGCACAACUCAAGAGUAUUCUGUGGCAAACUCUACAGGCCGUGAACUUCUGUCACAAACACAAUUGUAUCCAUCGGGACGUCAAACCGGAGAACAUUCUUCUGACCAAGACCGGUGUGAUCAAACUAUGUGAUUUUGGCUUUGCUCGCAUCCUCACUGGUCCAGGUGAUGAUUACACUGAUUAUGUGGCAACACGAUGGUAUCGGGCCCCAGAACUCUUGGUCGGAGAUACUCAGUAUGGUCCCCCAGUGGAUGUCUGGGCCCUCGGUUGUGUCUUUGCCGAGCUGCUUUCUGCAAAUCCUCUUUGGCCGGGACGUUCUGACGUGGAUCAGCUGCACCUCAUACGACAAACCCUGGGUGACUUGAUCCCACGGCAUCAGCAGGUGUUUCACUCCAAUGUCUUCUUUAGUGGCGUCAGCAUCCCUGAGCCUGAUACCACGGAGCCGCUAGAGAAGAGGUUCCAUGGUGUUUCUCCUCAUGCUAUUACUGUGAUGAAGGUGAGAUAUCUAAGCGAUGUAUACAUGGAUCCAUCUGGUAGGUUGUCAUGUGAAGAGCUUUUAGAGCUGCCAUACUUCCAGGAGGAUGGGGGAACGGGAUGGGGCAGAGAAACUGAUCGCCUCCCAAGACGUUAUGAGAAAGGCACAAGACGCAGAGCUCCCGCGCCUCAAUACUUUCCCCAGCUGACCAAUAGUAACAUCUCACCAGCACCUGAACUGAGGAAUAAACACAGACACAAACACGACCAUCAUCUUCCCAACAUCUGACCUUGGGACUGGUGCAAAUGUGUUUAGGGCACACAUGUUUUCAGUGGAACGAGCUGAUGCAUGUAUUGCAAACAACAGAGGAUUGCAGAAAUGCUGUUAUACAGAAGGACUGACACUGUAAUAUUAGUAAUAUUACUGAAGCAUAGCUAUUUUAACAGUUAAUGUUGACAGAUAGUCCUGGAAUCUGAUAUUCUGCAUAUACAGUGGCCACAAAAAUAUUUUGACA